GUGCCAGCCCCCCUGCCCUCUCUCUCCCAGUUUUCGUUCCUGAUGACGGAAGCCCUGUUGAUAUUCUCCCCGGAGACGUCGGUGCUCCGCGCCUUCUCCCGCAAAGUUAAAGUGCGGGUGCACUGGGCCCUCCAGCUGCUUGCCCUCCUCUGCGCUCUCCUGGGGCUGGGCAUCAUCACCUACAACAAGCACCUGAACGGCAAGGCCCACUUCGUGACCUGGCAUGGUCUGACGGGGCUGCUGACUGUCAUGUACGCUGGUGGGCAGUGCGUGGGAGGGGUGCUCCUGCUUUACCCCAAGCUGAUGAAGAACUGGACGCUGGCCAAGCUCAAGCUGUACCACGCGACCUCAGGGCUGGUGGGCUACCUGCUGGGCUGUGCCAGCCUGAUGCUUGGCAUGUGCUCCCUUUGGUUCACCGCCUUGGUGACCAGCGUUGCCUGGUACCUCGCCAUGCUGUGUCCCCUUCUCACCAGCCUGGUUAUCAUGAACCAGGUGAGCAAUGCUUACCUAUACCGCAAGCGGAGCCAGCACUGA